AAUAGAUAUUAUCAUUAAAAAUGGCUUCCAAGCCUUCAUGUAGAACGUGCGGUGGAUGCAAAUACAAAGGAAAGGCCAAGCCCCUAUUUAAAAAUGAAGCUGGCAAUGAAAUUUUGAACUACAUAAAAAUAAUAACUGGUCUCGGGUUGGAUGAUUUGCCUAAUAUGCCAGGGCAUAUAUGUAUGACCUGUGAAUAUCAUUUGGAUCAAGCGAUUUCCUUUCGGGAACGAUGCAUACGCACGCAUGAAAUAUUUUCCUCUAUAAAUAUUCAAAGUGGAAAAAAUAGCGAAGAAAAUUUAACCAUUUUAUCAAUUUUUGAUAAAACAGACCUUAAUUAUCACUCAAACUCUAUUGAGGAGGAACAUGAAAACAAUGGUACGAUUUCUCAACCAUUGAUUGAUAAAAGUUGUGUCAUAGUAUUAGACCAAAAAGAUGUUCCUGAGGAAAAUUGCGUGACACCGAAUAAGCAGUUGGAAGCAAAGUCCUCAAAACAUCAAAAUAGGCCCGUUUAUCCAUACAAAUGUCUGUACUGUGAAAAACAAUUUAAGAGUACAAUAAUCCGUGCGAAGCAUCAUAGAGCCCAUGCAGGAGAGCGCCAAUACAAGUGCAAAUUGUGUAACAUGUCUUUUGAGCAGGCCCGAUAUUUAAAAGGACACAUAGAUUCUGAAGGCCAUCAAAAUAAAAUGGCUGCGGGAAACUCCAUAUUAAUAAAUAAUCAAAACACUUCUACAAACAACCGUAAUAAAUUUUGCGCAAACCCACCAAUUGAAUACAAUGAUGUCAAUAAUUCAAAUCGGUUUGACAACGCCUUUGAAAUAUUUUUAAAAACAGAUCAAACACAGAACGAUGAAACCAAUAAUCUCGCUGCAGUAGAUCCAAUCGCCACCGCCUGCGAAAUUGUUAAAGCUCCAGUAAAAAACGAUCAACAAUAUAAUUUAGAUGAAGAACAAAGCAAUGAAGCCAGUGCUGAUUUCGAAAAUGUUAUGUGCGAGAGAGCUCAGAUGGGGAAGAAUCGGUACAAGUGUAAGUAUUGCGACAAGAGAUUUAGCAAACCAUCAAACUGCAGGGCACACGAGAGAGUGCAUACAGGAGAGCGACCAUUCCAAUGUGAAAAUUGCGAUGUAUCAUUUAAAUGGAAACAGAGCUUAAAAAGGCAUAUAAACUCCCUGGGACACCAAAAUAAUGAAGGCUUUAGAGAUGACGAAACAAAAUGCAAAAGAAACCAUAAAAACACGGAACAUAAAGAGGUUUGCAUACAUGAUACUGAAGGAGAAGAGAAGUCUACUAGUCUUCAGAAGUUAUUGGAAUUCAGCACGGGAAAGGAAGAGAAUACUUGUAAAACAGUUUCAAAAGUAGAUCAACAAUCAGUCGAAAAUAACCGAUGCUUUGAAGAACAUGAAGACAUUAACGCCGCUACUCUUGAUCCCACUGACAACGUGCAUGAAAGCAAUUCUGCCAUUUCUCUACUGGAAGGGGCUGUUCUGGAAAGAGCUGAAGAAGGCGGAAUUCGGUACAAUUGUAAGUACUGUGGGAAGAGAUUUACUAAGCCUUCAAAUUGCAGAGCGCACGAAAGAGUACAUACUGGAGAGCGACCAUUCAUAUGCGAAAUUUGCGAUGUGUCUUUUAAAUGGAAACAAAGUUUACAGAGGCAUAUAAACUCCCUGGAACAUCAAAAUAAUAAGAGCUUUAGUUCUGAAAAUACCGUAAAAUGCAACAAAAACUAUGAGAAUACCGAACAUAAAAGGAUAAUGGAGUUUCGCGCAGAUUACACUAAAAGAGAAGACAAAUGUACAAGUGAACCAAAGCCACAAGAAGCAGACAUGGAGAGCCAGGAAUGCAGCUCGAAGGCAGAAGAUAACAAUGAGUUAUUAUUGACAGCGUCAUUGUCGAAGUUUAUUUGUGGAAACGAAGACUGUAAUAUUGAAUUCAAAUCGAAUUUAUCAAGGGUUUUCCACGAGAGAACUCAUAAGGGAGAGCUUCGGUACAAGUGUAAGUACUGUGACAAGAGAUUUGAUAAAUCAUCAAACUGCAGGGAGCACUACAGAGUUCAUACUGGAGAGCGACCAUUCAAAUGUGACAUUUGCGAAGUGUCGUAUAAAUGGAGCCAACAUUUAAAGAGGCAUAUAAAGUCCCUGGAACAUCUAAAUAAAAAGAAUGCUACUUUAAAUCCGAUUGACAACGCCCAAUUGUCAAGCUUUACAGAAUGUAAAAGUAAUGAUGAACAUAAUAGGCCCUCAACCGAAAAUGCCUGUACAAAUCAAAAUCAUGAUACAAGCCGAAUUCGACGCGCAGUUUGGAUUUGUGAUCAAUGUGGCAAGCAUUUUAAGGAUUCGCAGGGGUUUAAAUUCCAUAUGCUUCGACACACCGGAAACAAACAAUUCGCAUGCAAUUUAUGUGACACUAAAUUUUACCAAAAUCAUAUGCUCCAGUUACACAUACUCACAGUUCAUAAGGGCGAAAGACCAUUUGUUUGCCGAUACGAAAACUGUGAUAGGAAGUUUAAAGCAGUGUCUACAAGACUUGUUCAUGAAAGAACGCAUACUUGUGAUUAUCCGUACAAAUGUCAUUAUUGUUUUAAAAAAUUUAACAAAAAAUCAUCUCUAACAGCCCACCAAAGAGUGCAUACGGGGGAGCGGCCAUACAAGUGCCAUUUGUGUGAGCAAAAAUUUAAGCAGAAAAACACACUGAAAGAGCAUCAACGUACACAUAAUCCAGAGGCAGUACCCCCGAGACGACAGUAUAGGCGUGAUUGUGAUCAUUGUGGGCAAACUUUUAAUAGUGCAUAUAAUUAUAAAAUCCACAUACUACGUAUGGCUGGAGACAAGCGAUUCCCAUGUAAUCUAUGUGAUCGAAAAUGCUACACAAAUUAUAUGCUUCAAUUACACAUAAGAAUUGCUCACGCGGGCGAGAGACCUUUUCCUUGUCGAUAUGAAAACUGCGCUAAGAAAUUCAACGACACCUCUACGAGACGUUGUCAUGAAAGAACGCAUUCACAACUUUAUCCUUUUCGUUGUUUGUACUGCAAUAAGGGCUUUAACAAGGUAGCGCAGUGCAAUGCCCACCAAAGUAGGCAUCCAGAACAAGCUAACAAUUAGGAAAUCUAAAAAUAAUAUAAUAUUAAUGCGAAUACGAAUUUAUGGAAAAUUCCAAUCAGGACCUCGAGCCGGCUAAGUCCACCAUACUAAAGCAACAUACGUUCAUACAUACAUGAAUUAGUAAAGUCGCAAAAAUAUAACAAUAUAUGUAUGUAUAUAAUAUUAAA